UGGGAGGAUUGUCAGAGUGGAGGCAGCAGCGAGACAGUCGAUGAUUUGUUGAGUGACAACCGUCUAUCUUUGUCGGGUGUUUGUUAUUGGUAACUAUUAGUAACGAGUUUGUCAAUGCUUCGUGAGCAACCGAUAAUCAGCCUUCUGACAAGAUACUUCUUUACUAACUGGCAACAGCAGUUUAGACGAUUGUACACGGCGACAAUCAAGACAUAGGUGAUACGUGUGUGUUUACGUCGGCGGGGGAGGCACUAACUUACUGGAACUUUACUCUGCGAGUUCGCUGUUCGUCAUGGGUUUCUCGGAAGCAUCCAUCUACGCCAAGGUGUCUCUGCCGUGGAUUAUCGUCGGCUUCAUAUUUCAUAUUGUCGGCUUCCCCACAGACGCUUGGAUAGACACCAACGGAGGCAAUGCGGGUCUCUUCAGAUCAUGUGGUGACCUGCUGGGGUGUCUCACUGUGGACCAAGGAACAGCCAAAGACUGGUACAAGGUGUCUCAGGCGUUCCAAAUCAUCGGCUUCCUGUUCCUCGUCGCCGCCCUCAUCACCGCCAUCGUGUACACCGUCAUCCUCAACAACAACAGGAUCAUGAGGCUCGUUGCUGUCGUCGUCAACAGCACAUCGAUCGUCUUCAUCUUCAUCGGGUUCGUGGUGUACGCUGGGCGCUACGGGGAGGUGUGGAGCGAGACCAUCUACGACCUGGGCUGGUCCUUCGCUCUGGUCGUUGUGUCCUACGUCUGUCUGUUCAUAGGACUGGUCUGUCAGUUCCUGGACAUGUGCAUCCCGACGUCCGAGAGCGUGCGUCUCCAUAACCCUCACGCUUAGGUUGACGCCGCGACGUCGAACAACGUCAUCAGUCAACGUGAAGAAACUUGAACAUUUCUGAGAAAUUAUACUAUUGUACGUGCUGAUAUAUGAAAACAAUCAACUCAUUGAGAGAAUUACAUAUAUAAGGAACUUUAUGUUAUAAACAAAGAUUGACGUUUGCCAGUUUACAAAUGUAAGAUGGAUUUCGGUCUCUGUUGUGAAACCUUCGAUGUGAACGUUAACCCAUUUUGUUUUAAAGACGAGUAUAGUCACUUAUACACCCCUGUCAUUGCACCUGGUAGUUUGUCGAGACCCUGGUAUUAGGACGAAUGGCUUUACGUUGAUCACAGCAAUAUGGUUUUCCCAAUAGGUGCUACACUUCUACAAGAUACAAGCUGUUUUGAUUCCAGACUGUCGAUUCUCUGAUGUGAUAAUGUUCUCUUCCUGUUAACGCUAUGCUACCACACGUGUAUAGGAGCAUAUAGACAUAUCUCAACACUUAACGAAUGGUAUACUGUUUCGUCAUCAGUUUACAUCCUUCAUUCCGCUACACGUCUACAGCAGUUCAGUGAGUGAUACCUGUUGAAUUAUUCUUCACUAAUUUGUGGGUAGUUUCACAAACAUUGCCCUGUUUCUGUCGUGUAUAUAAAACAGUUACGCCCGGAAUAACUCCAUGUUAUCAUGUCUGACGAAGGAUGUAUAUAACUGCUCGGUAUAUAUCGAGGAACUUUAAUGAUUUGGACCAGACACACACAGCACGGAGAUUGUUACUUGUAUAUAUCUGAAUAAAAUUAUAUGUUUCCCAAAUAAA